GGGAAAAAACAUGGAAAAGGCGUUGGAAUGAGGGGAAAAGUCCUCCCUCUGCACCCCGAAAUUCCGGGAGCUCCAUCAAGGCGGUUGGAGGAUAGAGGGAAGGUUGGGCCCUUUCCACUAAAAUCCAGAAUUCCAUGGUUUUAGCUGGCAGAGGAAUCCCUGGCGUGGACUUCCCAACUUUUAUGGAAUUAUGGAAUGGCUGGGCGCAAGGGAACCUCAAUCCCACUCCAUUCCAUCCCUUCCAAGGGUGCUCCAUGCUGGCACAGGACAUUCCCGGGAUCCAGGGUCAGCCACAGCUUCUCUGGGAAUUCCAGCCCAGACAGGAAUUCCUUCCCAAGAUCCCAUCCAUCCCUGUGUCCUGUCCCUCCCAACUCCUCCUUGAUGACCCCAAGGCAACAGAGGUGCCACCACAAAACCCCAUUCCCACAUUCCCAGCACCAAAUCCGGGUCACUCUGCACUUCCAGCACAUUUUAAGGAGCACUUCGAGGAGAUUUUCGGGCUCAUCCCAACCCCAAAAAUUCCUGGGAAUCCUCUGCCUCCCACCUUCCACACCAGUGAUGCACAACCACCAUUCCACCACUGCCUACCACCAUUCCCACAUUCCCAUCCAGGUCACUUUGCGCUUCCAGCACAUUUUACGGAGCACUUCCAGGAGGUUUCAGGGCUCAUCCCAACCCCAGAAACUCCCCAUGGGAACACCCAGUCCCUUACCCUCCAGGCCACUGAUACAUUUGGUAUCCUACCACCAUUCCCACAUUCCCAUCCAGGUCACUUCCAGGAGGUUUCAGGUCUCAUCCCCAGCAAUUCCCCGUGGGAACGCCCAUUCCCUCACCCUCCAUGCCGCUGAUGCACUUGACCCUACCGCCAUUCCCACAUUCCCAUCCAGGUCACUUCGCACUUCCAGCACAUUUCACGGAACACUUCCAGGAGGUUUCAGGUCUCAUCCCCAGCAAUUCCCCAUGGGAACACCCAUUCCCUCACCCUCCAUGCCGCUGAUGCACUUGACCCUACCGCCAUUCCCAUCCAGGUCACUUUGCACCUCCAGCACAUUUCACAGAGUGCUUCCAGCACAUUUUAGGGAGCGCUUCCAGGAGGUUCCAGGGCUCAUCCCCAGCAAUUCCCCAUGGGAACACCCAUCCCCUCACCCUCCAUGCCGCUGAUGCACUUGACCCCACCGCCAUUCCCACAUUCCCAUCCAGGUCACUUUGCACCUCCAGCGCAUUUCACUGGUCACUUCCAGGAGGUUUCAGGUCUCAUCCCCAGCUAUUCCCCAUGGGAACACCCAUCC